AGUCACACAGAGAACACCAACAUGAAGCGAAACCCACACUAGGCAACCUGCCCAGAACCAGAGACUCAGAAAUGGCACUGAAGGAAUACCAAGUCGUUGGUCGCAAGAUUCCUACUGAGCACGAGCCCGUGCCCAAGUUGUUCCGCAUGCGUUUGUUCGCACCUAACGCUUCUGUUGCCAAGUCUCGUUACUGGUACUUCUUGAAGAUGAUCAACAAGGUCAAGAAGGCCACCGGUGAGAUUGUCGCCGUCAAUGAAAUUAAGGAGGCUCGUCCUUUGCAACCCAAGGUCUUUGGCAUCUGGAUUCGUUACGACUCUCGCUCUGGUACCCACAACAUGUACAAGGAGUACCGCGACACUACCCGUGUUGGUGCCGUCGAGUCCAUGUACGCUGAUAUGGCCGCUCGUCACCGUGCUCGCUUCCGCAGCAUCCGUAUCCUUAAGGUCGUCACUGUCGACAAGAAGGCUGACGUUCGUCGUAACUACGUUAAGCAACUUCUUGAGCCUGGUUUGAAGUUCCCUCUUCCUCAUAGACGCGACUUCGGUAGCAAGCUUUUCGCUGCUCAACGUCCCAACACCUUUUAUUAGGAACUUGCUUCAUUGCAAUGACAAGGAUGUACAAAACAAGAACAAAACCAUCGGUAACAGAAACAGGUGGAGGGUUAGAAAGGGUUGUUUUUGGGUGUGUUACGUAAAUGGUCAAGGUGAACGUUGUGAGUAUCUUGGCGAAGUUCAGAGAUGUCAGCGGUUAAUGUGGU